AUAUUCCCGGCUUUUGCCGCGUACCCUUUUAUUCUUUUUCUGUGGGAGACGACUGUGUAGUGCACAGCACAGAGAGAUAGAGAGAGGGGACAUGGAGGAAGGGAGAGCAUAACCACUUCCCACCAAGACUCCUCAUCUAACUUUCUCUCUCCUUUUUCUUCUGCACAUCCUUUCCUUUAGGACUUUUGGGUUUUUGUAUGAUGGGGAAGGGUUCCAAGAGCAAUUGCAAGUCGGCGUCCCACAAGAUGUUCAAGGACAAGGCCAAGAACCGUGUUGAUGAUCUACAGGGGAUGUUCACGGAUCUGCAGUCUGCGAGGAAGGAGAGCCGAUCGGUGGAUGUCGCGGUCCUUGAGGAGCAGCUUCAUCAGAUGCUUCGUGAGUGGAAAGCCGAACUCAACGAACCCUCUCCCGCAUCUUCUCUACAAGGCGGUAGUCUGGGGUCGUUUUCCUCGGACAUUUGCCGGCUGUUGCAGCUUUGUGAAGAGGAGGACGAUGCCACUAGUGCGUUAGCUGAUGGGGCAGUGCCCAAACCUGAGCCUGAUGCUCAAGGCCAUCAAAUUGGAGCUAGUGUGCUUUUCCAAGAGCGCUAUAAUAAGGGCCCACAGGAGCAUGGCUUUCAAUUGGUGGAUCAAUGCAAAAUUUCUCCUUCAGGUGCUCACAAUAUGGGAGUUCACAAUUUGGAAGGAGCUACUCAGUUGGACUAUCGUCAGUUUGAUUUGCAACAAGACUUUGAGCAAAACUUCUUUGCUGGUUAUGAUGGGACUGGUCUGUGUGGAGAGGAUGCUAUGCCUCAUAUUUCUAGCUUUUUGCCAAGUAUUUGCCUUCCACCUUCUGCAUUCUUGGGGCCAAAAUGUGCACUCUGGGAUUGCCCCAGGCCAGCUCAAGGGAUGGAUUGGUCUCAAAACUAUUGCAGCAGCUUUCAUGCUGCUCUGGCAUUGAGUGAAGGCCCUCCUGGUAUGACCCCAGUUCUACGACCUGGGGGCAUUGGCCUGAAGGAUGGUCUGCUUUUUGCUGCUCUUAGUGCAAAGGUGCAAGGAAAAGAUGUUGGUAUCCCAGAAUGUGAAGGGGCUGCAACUGCAAAAUCCCCAUGGAAUGCUCCUGAGCUAUUUGAUCUGUCAGUUCUUGAGGGUGAAACAAUUAGGGAAUGGCUUUUUUUUGACAAGCCUCGAAGAGCAUUUGAGAGUGGAAAUAGAAAGCAGAGGUCAUUGCCAGAUUAUAGCGGGCGUGGUUGGCAUGAGUCAAGGAAGCAAGUGAUGAAUGAAUAUGGGGGACUGAAAAGAUCUUACUACAUGGAUCCGCAACCUCUGAACCAUUUUGAGUGGCACCUUUAUGAAUAUGAAAUCAGUAAGUGUGACGCUUGUGCCUUGUAUAGGUUGGAACUGAAGCUUGUUGAUGGGAAGAAGAGUUCCAAAGCAAAAGCAACAACUGAUUCAGUGGCUGAUCUGCAGAAGCAGAUGGGAAGGCUUACUGCUGAGUUUCCCUUAGAUAACAAGCGCUCUGUUAAAGGAAGGACAAAAAUUAAUAUGAAGGAUGGUGUUGGAGAUGUUUAUUCUACUCCAAAUCGGGUAGGACCUCCAAAUCAGCAAGGUGAUUAUGGGGCAGGAGGACCUUACGAUUAUCUUGUGGAGAAUUUAGGUGACUAUUAUUUGACAUGAUGAAAGAAAAUUGGAUGUGUGCAGACCAAGUAGCAUUAUAAGUUAGUUUGCAUUUUCUGAAGCAUAUCAUCAUAAGUCAAGGGAGUGAUGGAGUCAUGUUUUUCCAUCAGGCCAGUUGGUCCUCAGUUUAAUAUUUUCAAUAACAUCAAAACCAAUUUCAUUUUUCAAUUCCAUGGAGAUUUUGUGCAUGGUUCAUUGUCAUCUGGAAGGGCUACCUGAGACUGCCGUCUGGAUGAUGGAGCUUAUUAGUCUAACUGCUGGAAGAUGGUUACAACAACAAAAAAUGGCUGUUUUUACUCUGGCCUGUCUUUGCAUGUCAUGACUAGAAAAUUCUUCAUCACACUGGUGGGUUUGAGACUUCUUAUGCUAAUUAUGUAAGCAAGAAACUGCUUGCUGGAUUUGAGACUUCUUAUGCUAAUUAUGGAGGCACGAAACUGCUCAUAAAAGAUAUAAUAGUUGCAGUCAGUACUUUAAUGUCGUUGGGUGUAUGAUAUUAGUCAUUAUAUAUACAUGAGAUACAUUUCCUGUCUUUCCUAUGCUCCAAGACUUGUAAAUAGGAUAUUAUUUCAAAUUUAACUCCAUUCCCAUUAAAUGGGGAGAUGAUAUGCUGCAGAGUCUUCUGUUAAAUAAUCUGUCGGGUGGGUCUGGGUCUUGUAUGAA